GCGGGGCAUGACGGCCAUCACAUGUCGCGGGAAGCUGGCGGAGCCUCAGCCCGGCUUUCGCGCGGAUGCACCUCAGAUGGCGCCCCGAGGCUGACUCGCCGUGUGACUAGGCACUGCUGCCUCCUGCGUUUCUCUGUCCCAGUACUACCAGUCUGUCCUCGCACUCCUCCUCGACCUCCGCCAUGGACACCGCGGGGCUGAAGCAGCGGCAUCCUGCGAACGGUCCACAGACCACCCUCGCGAACGGCCGCCCUAAGCUUGCCGCCAGAACCUCCUCGCACCACCCCGCCGGCAAGGUCAAGCAUGGCGCCCUCAUGCAGUUCCUGCGCAUGUGCGCCUUCGCGCUGUACUUCACCAGCAGCAUCCUGGCCAUCUUCACCACCCAGGCCCUCGGCCUCCCCCUCUACUUCUACUCGCCCGCGCUCUUCACCGCCUGGAUGGCCCUCACCAAGCAGCACUUCGGCGUCGUCAUCACCACCAUGACCUACUGGUGGGCGCCCGUGACCAUGCGCGUCAGCGGCGACGCCAGCGUGCGCGGCCAGCUGCGCCGCACACCCUCGGGCGCCCUGCGCUGCGACUUCCCCGCGCGCCUCGUCCUCGUCGCAAACCACCAGAUCUACACCGACUGGAUCUACCUGUGGUGGAGCGCGUACUGCGCCCGCAUGCACGGGCAUCUGUACAUCGUGCUGAAGGAGAGCAUCAAGUACAUCCCGCUGCUGGGCACGGGCAUGAUGCUGUACCGCUUCAUCUUCCUGUCGCGGCGGUGGGCCGUCGACAAAGCGCGCCUCGCGACGCGCCUCGAGACGCUGAGCGCCCCGCACCCCGAAUCCGCGUCGCCCGAGAACCCCGCGGGCCGCGACCCUAUGUGGCUCCUGCUAUUCCCGGAGGGCACCAACCUGUCGAACAACGGGCGCGCCGCGUCCGCAAAAUGGGCCGCCAAGUCCGGCGUCCCGGACCUCAAGCACCUUCUGCUCCCGCGCAGCACGGGCCUGGGCUUCUCGCUCGCAGCCCUGCGCCCCAGCGUCUCGCACCUGUACGACUGCACGCUGGCCUACGAGGGCGUACCCCCCGGCGCCUACGGGCAGGACAUUUUCUCCCUCCGCGGCAGCUAUUUCCAGGGCCGUCCGCCGAAGAGCGUGAAUAUGCACUGGCGCCGCUUUGCGCUCGCGGAGAUUCCGCUCGAGGAAGAGGCGUUCGCGGCGUGGCUGGCGGAGCGCUGGAGGGAGAAGGAUGAGCUGAUGCAGGUUUAUCUCGACACGGGGCGAUUUCCGGCGGACGAGGGGGCGGGCGUGGAUGCAGAGGGCGCGGAGGUCAGGGGCGCCGGGUGGAUUGAGACGGAGGUCAGGCCACGGUGGUGGGGGGAGUGGAUCGGCGUGUUUGUGCCGGUUGGCGCGGCGGGGUUGGUUCUGAAUGUUGUUGUGAAACUGCUGAGGAUGGUGGGGAGGGUGGUUAGGGGGUAGUGGC